CCACUGUAGUCGCAGCAGAUAUACUUGAUAUAGGCAACACAAGCAUGUUAGUAUUCAUCGGUCGGCGGUCCUGUACUCUGCUUAACAAUGAUUAACACCGGUUCACUGGGUGUGACUUGGAUCACGUUUGCGUGCUGUUUGUUCUCCGUCAUAACGUACAACAGUCGUAAUGCAUACUGCUCGCAUGCCGCCAACGCGAAAGUUUACACGGAACAAGAUAGACAGUACUGGAUCGAAAACGGUAAGGAGAAGGUGACCGAGAAACUCAAGUACGUGAAUAAAAGAGGCGUCGCCAAAAAUAUAAUCAUGUUUCUGGGUGACGGUAUGUCGGUGACUACGUUGACGGCUUCGCGUAUCUAUAAAGGUCAAAUGGAAAAACGUUCCGGCGAGAAUGAGUACUUGAGUUUCGAGAAAUUCCCAUUUGUCGGCAUGUCAAAGACUUACUGCGUGGACAAACAAGUGGCUGACUCGGCUUGUACGGCAACCGCUUACCUGACUGGCGUGAAGGCCAACUAUGAGACGAUCGGGUUGUCGGCUUCGGUGAUGCUGAACGAUUGUCCCGGGUCGGUGAUGCCCGACAACAGGACACAGUCCAUAGCCGAUUGGUCGAUGGCUAAGGGUAAAGCCGUCGGACUGGUGACUACAACUCGUGUAACUCACGCAUCGCCGUCCGGAUUGUACGCACAUUCGGCACAUCGAGAUUGGGAGUCGGAUGCCGAAUUGGCAAAGGCAGCGAACCUAACAGACGUGACGCAGUGCGAGGACAUAGCCAAACAGCUAAUAACCAGAAGUCCUGGGAUGGACAUAAAGGUAAUACUUGGUGGAGGUCGUGAAAUGUUCUUACUUAAUGAUACUGUUCAUAAUGGAUCAAGAACUGAUAUGGAUCUUGUAGAAUUUUGGAAGAAUGAUAAAGUAAAACGUUUUGGAAAGGAUAAAUCAGCAUACAUUGAAAACAGAGAACAACUAUUAAAUAUUGACCCUUCUAAGACCGAUUAUUUAUUGGGACUUUUCGGAAAAAGUCAUAUGAAAUUUCAUUUGAAUGCGAACGCUAAUUUACAACCCACUUUGACGGAAAUGACUAAAAAAGUAGAAGUUUUGAAAAAAGAGAAAAACGGAUUUUUCCUGUUCGUCGAGGGUGGACUCAUCGAUGCUGCGCACCACGUAACAAUGGCUAGGUUAGCGUUGGACGAAACGGUCGAAUUCUCCAAAGCCGUCCAACAGGCUGUCGAUAUGACCAGCGAAGACGAUACACUGAUCGUCGUCACUUCCGAUCACUCACAUACUAUGAUGAUGGCGGGAUACCCAGUGAGGGGCCACGACGUUUUGAGUCUUUCGGGGUCACAAGGGUCGGAUAAUUUGCCGUACACUACACUCAGCUAUGCUAACGGUCCGGAAAAUAAAAAAUCAGAUGCGAAUUGCGGCCGUGAAGAUUUAUCUAAAGUUGAUACAAGUAAUCCAUAUUACACGUAUCCGAAGCUGGUGCCAUUACAAUUCGAAACACACGGGGGUGAAGACGUGAUGGUAUUCGCAAGGGGUCCUUGGGCUCACUUAUUUUCUGGCAACUAUGAACAAAACACGAUACCUCUGAUGAUGGGAUUUGCUGCUGGCGUGGGACCGGCAGCCAAUAUGAAUGGUGGUCCAGCCGCGUUCACAUCCGCGGGACUCAGUACCACGACCGCCUCGUCACCGCUCACUAUACUUACCAGUGUCCUACUGAUGACAGCUGUUAUUCGGCGCGUUUGUUUGUAGCCUACACUACCGUUAAUCGAUUACAAUAGUAAUCUGUACAUUUUAUUUCUAUAUGUAAAACACAAUAUAACUAGUCACAAUGUGAUGGUUAAGUUUCAUUUGUUAACUUACUUAAACUUAUGCCAAAAAGAAUCACGAGAGUUUUGCUUA